AUGAAACAAAACCAUAUUUAUUUUGAAUUGGAAAUAUUUCUUUUUAUUUCUUUUAUAUUCUUUUUCUUUGAUUUUCUUUCUAUUUUUUUUGCAUACAUCUCUCCCUCUCUCUUUGGAUACCGCUCUCCCUCUCUCUCUUUCUGCAUACCUUCUCUCUCAUUCUGCAUACCUUCUCUCUCUUUCUGCAUACCUUCUCUCUAUAUCUCCCUCCCUCUCUUUGCAUAUCUCUCUCUCUGUGUCUCCCCCAUAUCUCUCUCUCUGUGUCUCCCCCAUAUCUCUCCCUCUGUGUCUCCCCCAUAUCUCUCCCUCUGUGUCUCCCCCAUAUCUCUCCCUCUGUGUCUCCCCCAUAUCUCUCCCUCUGUGUCUCCCCCAUAUCUCUCUCUGUGUCCCCCAUAUCUCUCUCUGUGUCUCCCCAUAUCUCUCUCUGUGUCUCCCCAUAUCUCUCUCUGUGUCCCCAUAUCUCUCUCUGUGUCUCCCCAUGUAUCUCUCUGUGUCCCCCAUCCUCUCUCUCUCUCUCCCCAUAUCUCUCUCUCUCUCUCCCCAUAUCUCUCUCUGUGUCCCCCAUCUCUCUCUCUCCCCCAUCUCUCUCUCUCUCCCCAUCCUCUCUCUCUCCCCCUCUCUGUCUCUCCCCCAUAUCUCUCUCUCUCUCUGUGUGUCUCCCCUCCCCCUCUCUCUCUCUCCCUCCCCCUCCUCCCAUCCUCUGUGUGUCUCCCCAUAUCUCUCUCUCUCUGUGUCUCCCCACAUCUCUCUCUCUCUCUGUGUCCCCCAUAUCUCUCUCUCUCUGUGUGUCUCCCCCAUAUCUCUCUCUCUCUGUGUGUCUCCCCAUCUCUCUCUCUCUCUGUGUCUCCCCCAUCUCUCUCUCUCUGUGUGUCUCCCCACAUCUCUCUCUCUCUGUGUGUCCCCAUAUCUCUCUCUCUCUGUGUGUCUCCCCAUCUCUCUCUCUCUGUGUGUCUCCCCAUAUCUCUCUCUCUGUGUCUCCCCCAUAUCUCUCUCUCUCUGUGUCUCCCCCAUAUCUCUCUCUCUCUGUGUGUCUCCCCCAUAUCUCUCUCUCUCUCUGUGUCUCCCCCAUAUCUCUCUCUCUCUCUGUGUCUCCCCCAUAUCUCUCUCUCUCUCUCUCUCUCUGUGUCUCCCCCAUAUCUCUCUCUCUCUCUCUCUGUGUCUCCCCCAUAUCUCUCUCUCUCUCUCUCUCUGUGUCUCCCCCAUAUCUCUCUCUCUCUCUCUCUCUCUGUGUCUCCCCCAUAUCUCUCUCUCUUUGCAUUCAUCUCUUUUGCAUUUUCUUUUUUUCCAAUUUUGCAGAUUAAUUAA